AUGGAUUUGUCAAUCCUCGAUUUUGUGUCUAAUGACACAACGCCGCCGCCUGUUGCCGACGCUCCUAAAUCAAGCCACUUUGCAGCAUCAUUGGGCACUUUGGAAUAUACAAAGCGUGGCCAGCUGGCACGGAACCUUCUUGUGCUUUGGGGUGCUUAUCUCGUGCUGCGAUGCGUCUAUAAUGUUUAUUUCCAUCCCCUGCGCAAGAUUCCUGGACCAUGGAUGGCGGCAAUGACGCCUUUCUCUGACUUCUGGCACGACGCUGUGAAGAGCGGAAAUUAUCUUUGGGAAAUCCGCAAAAUGCAUGAGAAAUAUGGCCCUAUUAUUCGCAUCAACCCAAACGAAGUUCAUAUUGAUGAUCCUGAGUACUACCAAAAUGUAUACGCUGGGGGAGUUCAUCGUAUCAACAAAGACUCAUCUACCGUGGCUGGAUUCGGUGUGCCAGCUUCCGUGGCUGCCACGGUAAGCCACGCGCAGCAUCGAUCUCGACGUGGCUAUAUGAACCCAUAUUUCGCCAAGCGGUCCAUCCUAGCCAUGGAGCCCGAGAUUCACGAGCGUAUAAGCGCCAUGCUAAGUAGACUUGACGGAGCACGCAAGGAAGGCAAGAUGAUCUCCUUGGACAGGGCCUUUGCAGCCAUGACUGCCGACAUCAUCACCAAACGCUUCUUUGGCUACCACUAUGACUACUUGAGCAGCCCCGACCUUGUAUUUGACGUCCGCGAAGCUUUCAAGGGUGUUUCGGAGAUCUUCCACUUUACUCGCUUCGUUCCAUGGGUCAUCAAGUACCUGAAAAAGCUGCCGAUUCCGAUAAUCCGCCUAAUCCUGCCGCCUGUUGCCGACUUGUUGCUUCUGCAGGAAGACAUCAAGAAGAACAUCAAAAAGAUGUUAGUAAACAAGGAUGAAAACCCAGGUUCCUCGAAAUCUGUCAUGAUUGAGGCCUUAGGUGAUCCGCGCAUUCCGGCUGAAGAACGCAGUUUGAAGCGCCUGGUGGAUGAGGGCCAAGUAAUUAUCUUCGCCGGCACCGAAACUUCUUCGCGUGCCCUGGCCACUGGCAUGUUCUAUCUUCUUGACAACAAAUCGAUUAUAGAUAAAGUUCGUGCUGAGUUGGCUCAGCUCGCUCAUAUCCCUGAUGAGAAGCUUACUAUGCCCCAGCUCGAGCCGCUGCCCUACUUGACUGGUGUAGUCAAAGAAUCUAUACGCCUAUCUUAUGGGCCUAUUACGCGCCUACCCCGUGUGUUCACACAUGAGACGCUUCAAUACAAGGAUUAUGCUAUUCCUCCUGGAACGCCUGUGAGUCAGUCGACGUACUUUGUACACACUAAUCCAAAGAUCUUUGAGGACCCGUUCACUUUCAACCCUGACCGCUGGGUGGAAGCGGCCAAGCAAGGAUUCCCUCUUGAGAGAUACCUAACUAGCUUUACCAAAGGUUCUCGACAAUGCCUUGGAAUCGGGUUGGCCCACGCCGAGCUAUAUCUGACACUAGCACGGGUUCUUCGCAACUUUGACAUGGAUCUCAUCAAUACCACAGUUGAGGAUGUUCAGGUUCAUAAUGUUCUGAUUAUCGGGCAGCCCAAAAUCGUGAAAGGCAAGGGACCUGGCCAGGGGGAGGUGGAGGUCAUGGUGACGCGCAAGCUACUCUCCUAA